AUUUCAUUUCUCUGCAUGAUAUCACAGGUCUAUAAAAGUUGACUCUUUGUAGUUAUCAAGAGGUUUUACAGCUGAUGUCAAGGAAUUUCUAGAGAUCCAAGGAAAAAACCUGCCACAGCAUAAAAAAAAGAAAAAGGCUGGAAAGUCUCGGUUGAAAUCGCCACGGUGGAAGAGGCAUGGACUGAAGGCCUGGCUGCAUCAUCCAAGUGUGUGUGCGAGUGUGUGUGUGUGUGUAUGUGUGUGUGUGUGUGUGUGUGUGUGUGUUUUAGAUGCGUCUAGCUGAAAGGAAAUCAUGUCAGCGAUACACACCUGGGCCUGUUUCCUCCUCUGGAUCAGCUUUGCAACACAGGACAAAACGCCAGACGUCACCGUGACGUGCUUCGUCUCGGAGGAGUGCGUGCUCCCCUGCAGCUUCCAGCCCGGCAGCGAGGAGACCAUCGAGUGGUUCAGACAGGACGUGGUCGUCUACAAGUUUGAGCGGGACGACGACGAAGAUGACGACGGCGAAGGCGACGGCGACAGCAGCAGCAGCGAAGAGCACUCUGACCCGAAGCAGCUCGGUGGGCGCGCAUCCGUCUUCCCGCACCUGGUAUCCCGCGGCAACGCCACGCUGAUCCUCAGAGGGAGUGGCCUCAAGGACAGAGGCACGUACAGGUGUCACGUUCGCACGUCUAACGGAGAACACAACGCAAAAGUGAUCUUGAAGGUGGAAGCACCCAUUAGAGGCUUGUCUCUGGAGCUGUCGAGGCUGAGUGGCUACGAGGAGAUGAAGUGUACCGUCCGUAACGUCUUCCCGGCUCCUCGUGUGACCUGGACGACCGAGCCGGCCACCUUCGAGGACCUGCGACCGGUCACGCGCAUGCUGGCCGACAAACACGGACUGUACACGGUCGACAGCCGCCUCAAGUUACUGAACGGACAGUCUAACCUCAUCUACAUCUGUAGAGUCACAACCCCCUACGGCAACCCGACCUGGACCGCCUCGCUCAGGGAACGAGAAAUAAGAGGAACUCAAGGGACAGAUCUGACCAUCCCCUGCUCCUCCCCUUCUUACCUCAACAACCCCUCCCUGGAGUGGAGCUUCUUCAACGGCGAGGACCCCUCCCACAUCCUCACCUACGACAGUCAGUCGGGGGACAGCAUCCCCUCGCCUCCGUGGGACAAGCACGUGGAGCUGGACGGCUUCAGGGUCCCGUUUGGAGACGGCUCUCUGCGACUCAUGGACCCAAAGCACUCGGAGCACACGGGCAGCUACACCUGCAUCUUCUCCAUGCCGCACAACACGCACACCGAGCGCACCGACCUCACCAUCGACGGCCCUGUUGGUGAGAAAAUCACAUCAGAGGGGCCGUCUCAUUGGUGGAUCGUGGGCCUGGUGGUCAUGGGGCUGGUUCUCGCUCUGGCGGGAAUGCUGGGCUACCUGAAGAUGAAAGGAAGCAUUGGGAGGAAGCCGAGGAACGACCCCGAGGAGGUGACGGAGCUGCACCUGGUGAAAGACUCGACGGGGGACGGUAACCUGAACGAGAGCAGCACUCUGGGUGUCGGCGGCACGAACGGACAGUCCGGCCUCCACGCCGGCUCUCAGACGACCUGAGGACAGACAGAAACAGCCGGGCCACACACCUGAACUAACACACAACUAACAAAAACACACACGCACAGCUACACACUGAAAAGGAACUAAGAACGUCUUAGAAACACGUUUCUUUUCUUCUUUUUGUUUUUACUGAAUUAUACGAAAGACUUUCAAAUGACUACUCUGCCAUGUUUUGGUGUCACUCGUCUUGGGCUCUUCGGAUUCUUACAGGAAACCCUGAUGAACUGCUGUUUUUCACGCCGACGUGUAGAACGGACGCUCGAUGUUUUCAUGAAGGGUUUGUGAACCCCAGACAACGUCGCUAGGAAUCUGCGGCCUUUGCUUCGAGACGCUUGAAGGCGCUUUUCCUGCUGAGUCUAAACUUUCCAAUGAACCUUUUAGGAACUGAGGAACUUCAGCUGCGUUUCUACCAGGGGAAGGAGGGUCUAAGUCCCAGGAAGUCCCUCCUCAGGGGGGCUGUACUUCUACUACUAUUUUCCCCUGGCGACUUUUUGUUCACUACUGUCUAAUUGUGUCAGUCGCUAUGGGAACAAUUAAAUCACAAAAUUAACUCCGACAGAUGUGGGGAAAAAAAGAAAAGAAAAGGGGGGAACAGCUUCCCCCAUUUUUAGACUCAACUCAACCCCAGUGAGCGGAUCUACUCCCGUGGGGAUUCCACUGAAAUGAAUUUAAUUUAUUGUGAAAUUUUAGUUCCUGGUGUGACCAUGACUUCAGUCACAGGGUGAGUUCACUGGGGGAGGAUAUUUGUAAUAUCUGUCACAGGUUCUGUAAGGGACUAAUGUUUCCUGAUUUAGUUUCUGGAACAAAAUUUUUCAAAAUGAAGGGAAGAAUAAAUUAGAAGAACGUUCUGAGCGACUGAAACAAAGUUUUUGAACUUUAUGAUGAAUUUUUAUGAUGUUUGAAGGUGAAGUCUUUUCUCUUGACUACCCCUGGGACACUUUGGGUUUCAGGCUUCUGCUGUUGGACUGACCUCACAUUCUCUACUGUCUGCUACCCACAAUGCCCUGCUGGAUUUCCACCUUCAGUCACUGAAGUUAAAAUAACUGCGGUCUAACUAAGGUCAAACUCCCUCUGGGAAUUAAAAAAUGUGACUGUGAACCGAUUGUGACUGAAAAAAAACAAACCCCACAGACUUUUAUUUUGGCGUAGGAAGUAAAACUUUAACCUGCUGUUAAACACUGAUGAGAAAUCAAUAAUCAACAGCAGAAUAGUUGAUCUUUGAUCGCUGACACACCGUUCAUGAAAUAUACCCAACCUCUGUCACAAAUGUGUCAUAAUUAAUGUAAUGCCAUUAAAAAGACUAAUCACUGUA